AGUAGGUACACAAACCACGAGGUCGAGUCCACAUCCUACGACUGAGAACCCGGAUACGUACUUACAAAUAUAUUUGCACGAAAAUGCCUUUAAUUAUUAUAUGUGGCUUUCCUUGCAGCGGCAAAAGUCGCCGAGCUCAAGAGUUAAAGGACUACUUCGUGGAAAACACAGAUAAACAAGUUGACAUCAUUGGAGAUGAAAUGCAGGGUGUUGAGAAGAACUCGGUGUAUGCAGACUCACAGAGGGAGAAAAAUCUGAGAGGUGCUUUGCGAUCUGAAGUCGAAAGGAAAAUCAACAAGGAUGACAUUGUCAUUCUGGAUUCCUUGAAUUACAUUAAAGGCUACAGAUAUGAACUGUUUUGUCUGGUCAAGCAUGCACAGACACCACAUUGCUUGGUCUACUGUCUGACAUCUGCUGCAUUGAGCUCAGAGUGGAACAAGGAAAGAGAUGAAGCUUAUCGAUAUUCCCAGGAAAUCCUGGAUGCCGUAAUUCUGAGGUUCGAAGCGCCUGAUUCGAGAAAUAGGUGGGACAGUCCUCUCUUUACUCUCCAGAAAGAGGACCGGCUUCCAUUUGAAGCGAUCUCUGAUGCCAUUUUGAGAAGGAAAGCGCCACCACGUAACCAGUCUACACAAAGUCAACCGCUAUCGUCUACCAACUUCUUAUACGAGCUGGACAGAGUUACUCAGGAGAUCUUAAUGGCUGUUCUUGACUCGCAGAAGACCAGCGUUCCUGGGGACGCCAUCGCAGUUCCAGGAACUACGGAAAAAUUCGAUGUGAAAAGAAGCCUUAACGUAGCCGAACUGAGGAAACUUCGGAGACAGUUCAUCAGUUACACCAAGACGCACCCGACAGAGAACAUCGGACUGAUAGCCAAUAUGUUUGUGCAGUACCUCAAUAAGAGUGUGCACUGAUGAUGGCUGGCAGUAAAUUUAACCGCAGCUUUUAUGUUUUUAUUUCUCCUCAAAUUAUCCAUUGUUUUUUAACAUGAUUACGAUUAUGAAGUUAAUAAAAUAUAGAUCUAUAUUUUAGACAACUUCACACACCAACUCGUAAAUGAUAGACUUACCUACUUUUUCCGUAGUACUAUCCAAGAUCCAAUUUCAUGUCCAAUGCAUGAGUCUUACUUUCCAAGACUUCUGACUGAAGGAUUUAUGCUAAUCCUGGGAUUUUCUUAAGGCUAUAAAGCUAUAAUAGUAAACCCAUGGUGUUAAAUUGUUCCAGGUGUCAGCUAAAUAGUUGUGUUUAAACGUUUAUUUGUGACCUUUACGUCACUAUGCAAGCACAUGAGAACAAUGUGUUGCUAAUUCUGCCUGGCGUUUUGGGUCAUUUUUCUCAGAUUCUUCUGACCUAAUCACUUUUUCGUAAUAAAACUUCCAUAUUAAAAGAAACCUAAAAGUGAUUAGUCAAGAGGGGAAUCAUUCCGAAGCAUAGAGUAGUAGUAAUACUAUAAGGGUUGGCUUUUAUUUAAAUUUAUUUAUACUUGACUACUGGAAAACCUCCAGACCUAACAAAUGAAAAUCAAAGGGAGAAACGUUUCUCCGGAUGACAUUAUGCUCUCCAACUGAACGGCCUAAUCGAUAACGCAUUUAUUUCCCUAUGACUCGAUUAGGUCUCUCAGUCUACGCGUUAUUGCAAAAUUGACCUUUGUCAUAUUGACGUCUCAGAAGCUUGUAAUAUACAAAUAAUCCCUCAAAAAAAAAACAAAAAAAACACAACCCUCAUUUUAUCGUGUUCUGUGCGCAUCGUGGGUGAUCUCAAAGCCUCCGGAUACAUUUGAUUUCUUUUGAACCUUGACGUUAUUAAUCACUGAAGCGAGUGAAUCACUUUAUGAUUCACUUUUCCAGCUGUUGUGGAUAAUCGCACUGAAAUACCUGAGAGAUAUGCACUGCACAGAAAGUACUGUUGCAUUCCACCAAAUCUGUCUUAUACACGUGUUCGUAAC